UCUAUAUUUAUACUCUUAACGUCUUAUUAACGCCUAGUUAUUCAGUGAAGAAUUUUCCUGCUCGUGUGUGUUUAAACCGGCAGCAAAAUGGUGAAAGCAAAAGUUUGGAAAUACGAACGACGAUUCGAUGGAUUUCCAAAGGAGGGUGAUUUAAAAUUGGUGGAGGAGGAAUUACCACCAAUUAAAGAUGGAGAAUAUUUGGCGGAAGCUGUAUAUCUCAGUGUGGACCCUUAUAUGAGGGCGUAUGCACCAAAGGUUCCUUUGGGAGCUACUUAUAUUGGACAGCAAGUUGCCAGAAUCAUAGAAAGUAAAAAUCCCGAUUUUCCAGUUGGUAAAUACGUGGUUGGUAGUUUUGGCUGGAGAAGCCACACUGUUUCCAAAGGAGGACCGGACCCAGCAGCAACGUUACCCACUACAGUACUACCGGAUUUCAAAGGUUUGCCCGAAUCCUUAGGUGUGGGUACCUUGGGAAUGCCUGGAAAUACCGCCUAUUUUGGUCUCCUAGAAAUUACCCAUCCAAAAGCUGGGGAAACAUUGGUUGUUAGUGGAGCUGCGGGUGCAGUGGGCUCCCAUGUAGGUCAAAUAGGCAAAAUAAAGGGCUUAAAAGUUAUAGGAAUUGCUGGAUCAACCGGCAGCAAAAUGGUGAAAGCAAAAGUUUGGAAAUAUGAACGACGUUUUGAUGGAUUUCCCAAAGAGGGUGAUUUAAAAUUGGUGGAGGAGGAAUUACCACCAAUUAAAGAUGGAGAAUAUUUGGCGGAAGCUGUAUAUCUCAGUGUGGACCCUUAUAUGAGGGCGUAUGCACCAAAGGUUCCUUUGGGAGCUACUUAUAUUGGACAGCAAGUUGCCAGAAUAAUAGAAAGUAAAAAUCCCGAUUUUCCAGUUGGUAAAUACGUGGUUGGUAGUUUUGGCUGGAGAAGCCACACUGUUUCCAAAGGAGGACCGGACCCAGCAGCAACGUUACCCACUACAGUACUACCGGAUUUCAAAGGCUUGCCUGAAUCCUUAGGUGUGGGUACCUUGGGAAUGCCUGGAAAUACCGCCUAUUUUGGUCUCCUAGAAAUUACCCAUCCAAAAGCUGGGGAAACAUUGGUUGUUAGUGGAGCUGCGGGUGCAGUGGGCUCCCAUGUAGGUCAAAUAGGCAAAAUAAAGGGCUUAAAAGUUAUAGGAAUUGCUGGAUCAGAUAAAAAACUGAAAUGGCUCAAGGAUGAACUAGGUUUCGAUGAAGUUAUUAAUUACAAAACGGAGGAUGUAGCUAAGGUUCUUCCGAAAUUAGCUCCCAAAGGCGUUGACAUCUAUUUUGACAAUGUUGGUGGAGAAAUCAGUGAUAUAGUUUUUGACAACAUGAACGAUUUUGGCAGAAUAUCAGUGUGCGGAGGUAUUUCUGGAUAUAAUGGUGAAAAAGCAAAAGGAAACGUUAUCCAAUUAAACAUCGUGUUCAAACAAUUGUCUAUCCAAGGAUUUCUGGUAGGCAGAUGGACUGACAGAUGGUUGGAGGGUAUCCAACAGAAUCUCCAAUGGGUCCUAGAUGGCAAAAUAAAAUACAAAGAAACACGAACGAAAGGAUUUGAAAACAUGUUUAAAGCCUUUACGGACAUGUUGAAAGGGGGCAACAUUGGAAAGGCGAUUGUAGAAGUUUAAGACGCAUAUGCACAAUUAGAAAUUUAAGGUCCAUUUUACUAAGUAUAAUGUUUUACAUUAUGUUUAUUAGUAUUGUAUUAUAACGUUAUCAAUUAUAUUUUUAAAUAAAGUUUUUUGUUAUGUGACUA